AUGAUGGUUAUGGAGACAUCAAAAGCCAAUGCUAUACUUACAGUCUUACAAGGAUGCAAUAAUUUGACAAGGCUUAAAAAAAUCCAAGCCCAUGUCAUUGUUAACGGUCUUCAAAGCCAUCCCGCCAUUUCUAACAGCAUUUUAAAUUUCUGUGCUGUUUCAGUCUCAGGCUCAGUAUCCUAUGCACAACUCCUCUUUAAACACAUUCAAAACCCACAAACUCAAGCUUGGAAUUCUAUCAUUAGAGGAUUCGCUCAAAGCCCAUCUCCUGUUCAAGCCAUUUUUUACUAUAAUCGCAUGCUUUUUGACUCAGUUUCUGGUCCUGAUACUUUCACUUUCACUUUUACUCUUAAGGCGUGUGAGAGAAUCAAGGCCUUAAAGAAAUGUGAAGAGGUUCAUGGGUCUAUAAUAAGAACUGGGUGUGACAGAGAUUUUGUUAUUUCCACUGGUCUUGUGAGGUGUUAUGUGGGAAAUGGGUGUGUCCAGAUUGCAAGAAUGGUUUUUGAUGAUAUGCCUGAAAGGGAUUUGGUUGCGUGGAAUGCGAUGAUUUCGUGUUAUUCGCAGGCGGGUUAUCACCAAGAGGCAUUGAGAAUUUAUGAUAAGAUGAGAAAUGACAAUGUGGGUGUUGAUGGGUUUACGCUCGUUGGGUUGCUUUCGUCUUGUGCUCAUGUGGGUGCUUUGAAUGUGGGGAUUAAAUUGCAUAGGAUUGCUUGUGAGAAAGGGUUUUUGAGAAAUGUGUAUGUCGGGAAUGCGCUGAUUGAUAUGUAUGCUAAAUGUGGUAACUUGGUUGGUGCUCUUGAGGUCUUUAAUGGGAUGCAGCGGGAUGUGUUUACUUGGAACUCUAUGAUUGUUGGGUUUGGAGCGCAUGGUUUUGGUGAUGAAGCUAUUUAUAUUUUCAGUCAGAUGCUGGAGGCAGGAGUGCGACCUGAUUCAGUUACAUUUCUUGGUUUGUUGUGUGGAUGUAGUCAUCAAGGCUUAAUUGAAGAGGGCGUUGACUAUUUCCAUCAAAUGAGCUCGAAGUUCAAGAUCAAACCUGGAAGUAAGCAUUAUGGAUGCAUAGUGGAUAUGCAUGGACGUGCUGGGAAGCUUGAGAAGGCUCUUCAAAUCAUAGGUGAUUCUCCUUGGCAGGAUGAUCCAGUGUUGUGGCGAACUCUGCUUAGCUCUUGCAAGAUUCACAAAAAUGUGGUGAUUGGGGAAAUUGCUAUGAGGAAUCUGUCUCAGCUCAGGGCUGUAAAUGCGGGGGACUGUGUGCUACUUGCUACCAUAUAUGCUGGAGCCAAUGACGAACAAGGCGUUGCAAGAAUGAGAAAACUAAUCAAAAGCCAAGGAAUAAAAACCACUCCUGGUUGGAGCUGGAUUGAAGUUUCUGACCAAGUUUACAGAUUUGUUGUGGAUGAUAAGUCACAUCCUGAUACAGGAAUGAUUUACAAAAAACUGGAGGAAGUAACACACAAGGCCAGCUUGGCAGGUUAUGUGAAAGAGGAGUCUCAAUUCAUCAUUCCUGGAUCCUGCUCUGAAGAGUGUUUGGAGUCUUCCAGCACAUAUCAUAGUGAGAAGCUGGCAAUUGCUUUUGGGUUGGCACAAACUACUGAAGGAACAAGUCUUCGGAUUGUGAAGAACUUGAGAGUCUGUAGAGAUUGCCAUGAAUUUACCAAGUUUGUUUCUCAAGCAUUCGAUAGAGAUAUUAUUGUUAGAGAUCGAGUUCGAUUUCAUCACUUCAAGGGUGGAAUUUGUUCUUGUAGAGAUUAUUGUAAUGGUGGUGUGCCAAUAGAUGUCUGUGGAAGUGCAAUUAUGAUUAGAAUCUUGUUCAAGCCUGGUAUGGGAAAUAGCAUUGUUGGCUCGUCAUCUUGGUUCGUGUGGAUGAAACUGGAAGAAAUUUUGGAGCCAAAAAACCAUGAGUAG